CAGCAAUGGUUGAUGUUGUUCCCAAAGCAGAACAAAGGUUUUGUGUUAGGCAUAUUUGGGCUAACUUCAAGUUCAAAUUUGGUGGAUCAACCUUCAAGGAGCUAUUUUGGAGUGCAGCCAGGGCUACCACUUAUGUAAGUUGGUUUGCUUCAAGGAGCUAACUUAUGCUUCAUUGUUCUGAAUAUUAGUAUGCUUUUAUAUGCUUAAUUGUCUUGAUCUUUUAUAUGCUUUUAUAUGCUUUUAUACAUGUUGUCCUGAACUAGUAUGUCAUUGCAUAUUGUCAGUUUGAGUACGAAAUUGCCAUGGAGUCUAUCAAACUCCUUGAUGAAGAGGCAUAUGAGUAUUUACUCAACAUUCCCACCAUUCAUUGGUGUAGACAUGCAUUUACACCAAAGUGCAAGUCCAACAUGCUAUUGAACAACAUUUAUGAGACUUUCAAUGCAGUAAUUAAGCCUACCAGAGAUAAACCUAUCCUCACCCAAAUGGAAUGGAUGAGGAGGUACAUAAUGAAUAGGAAUAAUGAAAAGUAGGAGGAUUCAAAAAAAAUUACAAGCAACUUAGUGCCAUAUGUGAGGAAUGUUCUGGGAAGGAUAGACUUUGUGGCUAGGUCCUGUGUGGUGCAACCAUCAAGAGGGAAUACAUUUGAGGUGCAGCUGAAGGAUGACCAGGUGUUGGUUGAUUUAAAGAAAGAGACCUACACAUGUUACCAUUGGGAACUCACUAGCAUUCCUUGUGUUCAUGCUUAUGCAUGCAUAUUGGACAUGAGGGGUGACAUAGAGGCAUAUGUUGACCCAUACUAUACCAUGGACACAUACAGGGCUACUUAUGAACCAGUUAUCCAACCAAUGCCUGGUCCCAAGCACUAGGAGAGAGUCAAAAUGAGGGAACCACAACCUCCUUCUUUUAAGGUGCAACCUGGGAGACCAAAGAGCAAAAAAAGGAAGCUUGAGCCAGGAGAAUGCUCUAUUGCAGGUGGUCAACCAAGCACAACAUUGCGGAAGAAGCAAUGCAGUCACUGUAAGGGAUUUGGGCAUUAUGCCAAGACCUGCAAACUACCUGCUGCACCAGAUACAGAUGUGACAAAGUUAGCAGGCAGACCCCCCUUGAACACUCCCUUGGAUGGUGGAGGAGAGGAAGAAGAAAGAAAUAGAGCUGCAAAAAAGAGUGCAAUUGGGGGCAGGAACAAACAACAUAGAAAACAAAAAGUUUCUCAAGAACAAGAAGGUUGUCUGCCAUUAAACAAGCAAGCACAGUUAUAGUCAAGGCAGCUAAACUCAAGUUAGCCUAGCUCAAGUCAACCAAAAACAAAGACAAAGGCUUCCUCAACUCAGCCUGUAACACCCACAGUUCAACAACCACCCCUCCAAACUGGUGUUGUAACAAGGUCCAAGCUGCAAACCUUCAGCUAGUUAAACCUCACUCAGUGAUGUACUCAUGACUGCUUAGAAAACAUUGUGUCUGUUUAAUCUAUUUUGGUAGUUUUUCUAUGGCUUUGAUUGCCAUUUGCACAUUUGGAUACAUUAUUAUAGCUUUUGCAUGGCUUUGAUUGCCAUUAAAACAGUUUCAAGUAAGCUUCUUUUGUCAACCUAUAG